CCUAACUCUGGGGCCCCGGCCACCCAGGCCUCCCCGCUGCCCGCUGUCCCGGGUCCCCGCUGUGUUCUCCCGUGUGCUCCCAUGGCCGGAAAGUUGCUGUCACUGUUGCCACCCCUGCUGCUGGCUGCAGUGGGUCUCGCUGGCCUGCUGCUGCUGUGCGUCCCUACCCAAGACGUCCGGGAGCCGCCCGCCCUCAAGUACGGCAUCGUUCUGGAUGCUGGCUCUUCACACACAUCCAUGUUUGUCUACAAGUGGCCAGCAGACAAAGAGAAUGACACAGGCAUUGUGGGUCAGCACAGCUCUUGUGAUGUUCAAGGUGGGGGCAUCUCCAGCUACGCAGAUGACCCUUCUAGGGCAGGCCAGAGUCUGGUUGAAUGUCUUGAACAGGCACUUCGUGAUGUGCCCAAAGACAGAUAUGCUAGCACACCACUCUACCUGGGAGCUACAGCAGGCAUGCGCCUACUCAACCUGACCAGCCCAGAGGCGACAACCAAGGUGCUCGAGGCAGUGACACAGACGCUCACACAGUACCCCUUUGACUUCCGUGGUGCUCGAAUCCUCUCGGGACAGGAUGAAGGGGUUUUUGGCUGGGUGACUGCCAACUACCUGCUGGAGAACUUCAUCAAGUAUGGCUGGGUGGGCCGGUGGAUCCGGCCAAGGAAGGGAACUCUGGGGGCCAUGGACCUUGGGGGUGCCUCAACACAGAUCACCUUUGAGACAACCAGCCCAUCGGAAGAUCCAGACAGUGAGGUCCAUCUACGGCUCUAUGGCCAGCACUACCGUGUCUAUACCCACAGCUUCCUCUGCUAUGGCCGGGACCAGGUUCUCCAGAGGCUGCUGGUCGGUGCUCUCCAGACCCAUCACUUCCACCCCUGCUGGCCAAAGGGCUACUCCACCCAAGUGUUGCUCCGGGAAGUCUACCAGUCUCCAUGUACUAUGGACCAGCGUCCUCAAACCUUCAACAGCAGUGUCCUUGUCACCCUUUUGGGGACCAGCAGCCCUGCUCUCUGCCGUGACCUAGUCUCUGGGCUCUUCAACUUCUCAUCCUGUCCCUUUUCCCAGUGCUCCUUCAAUGGGGUCUUCCAGCCCCCUGUGACUGGGAGCUUCAUAGCCUUUUCUGCUUUCUACUAUACUGUGGACUUCCUGAGGACGGUGAUGGGGCUGCCUGUGGGAACUCUGCAGCAGCUGGAGGCAGCCACAGAGAUUGUCUGCAGCCAGACCUGGGCUGAGCUUCAGGCCCGAGUGCCAAGGCAGCAGGCCCGCCUGGCUGACUACUGCGCCGGAGCCAUGUUCAUACAACAGCUGCUAAGUCGCGGCUAUCGCUUUGAUGAGCGCUCUUACAGCAGAGUGGUCUUCCAAAAGAAGGCCGCAGACACGGCUGUCGGCUGGGCGCUGGGCUACAUGCUGAAUUUGACCAAUAUGAUUCCCGCUGACCUUCCGAGACUACGUAAGGGAACUCACUUCAGCUCCUGGGUCGCUCUCCUCCUGCUCUUCGCAGUCCUGCUCUUGGCGGCCUUGGUCCUGCUCCUGCGCCAGGUGCGCUCCACCAAGUCCCCAGGCGCCCUCUAGGGGUGCACUGCGAGCUGCUCCCAGCUCCCCAGCUGCUCCCUUUCCCGGGGCAUCUCUGACAAUGAGUCAGCCUGGGGAUCAACACCCUACAUUCACAGGAAGCCUUGUUAGGCCCCUGCAGCUCUCUCCAGCUCCGAGUUCUUAAGAAUUUCUCCCAUCUCUCUCUUCCUGGGUUGUCAGAUCUCAGCUUAUGACUCAGGGUGAGAUCCACUCAAACUGGGACCUUUGUUCUGAUCAUCAGGGCCCUAGUAACUUCCUGUGUGUAGUCAGAGCCUACAGGCUCAGAGUCAGUUCAAUGCCUACUUGUAAAAGUUUUGUAAUAAAAGAUUUUUCCUAGAA